AUGAAGAACAAAAAGAAAGUACAACAGAAACCUGAGUGGACCGACCAAGCAAAGUGCACUGUAUCAAUGUCUAUGAGCUAUAUUCUAGCCUUUUCUGCCUUGUGCGUGGACAUGAACCUUGCUGUCGACCGCUCGAUGCGUGUCCAAAGAAUCGUCGACCGCAUCCUUUGGAUCAUGGACUUCAGUGCUGUGAUGUUCAUCGCCAGCAUGGCAGCUUAUGGCGCUAAAUCUAGGGUCACUGAGGUCAUCAAGUGUCUGACUAUUGUCGCCAUCUUCUACAGCGGAUAUGAAGUGUCGUAUAUUUUGGUAUUUAUGGUAGAAAUGCAGUUCGUCUUUACUGCACUGGAGGUGCACGAGGCUUAUAAGCGAUUGAACUAUGCCUUGGAAAAUAUAUCCCAUUCUAAACCUGUACACAAUGUAUCAGCUACCCGCAACCCAACUAAGACAGUGGAGGAGAGCAUCCAUCGCCUUGCAUUAGCAUAUACCAACCUUGGUCUGGUGGUGAAGCGGCUGGAGAAGGCCUUCAGUGCCAUCCUCAUCCUUUUGCUGCUGUCCGUCCUGCUUCACUUGGUAAUAUCGCCGUACCAGUGGAUUUCAUUCCUUACAACAAAAGACCGUGUGAACUACGUGCAAUUGACGCUGGAGUUGUUUUGGAACAUACUGCACAUAACACGCGCCGUACUGGUCGUCGAGCCCCCUCACCUGACGCAGAUGGACCGCACCCAAACGCUGGUGAGCCAGAUGAUCCUUCAGAACCACGACAUCCAAGUAUCUGAAGAGCUGGACAAGUUCUACAGACAUAUCCUAAUGAACAAGGUCACCUACACCCCGAUGGGAAUCUGUACGCUACAACGACCUCUUCUGACCUCCAUACUGAGCAACGUUGUCACUUAUCUGGUCAUCAUCAUACAAUUUAAAUUGUUAGAAUUGAGCUCUUAA